UUCAUCAUCAACGACGCAACAGAGUUCGCACACUGAAGACGAGCUUGCGUGCAGGCUCAGCGCACCUUCUCAUCAGAGCCUUGUGCAUGACACUGCAGAUGCCUUCGCGAUGAGUUCUCGCAUCUCUCCGUUUCUGCAGCUGAUCCAUCGCCUACCUGCGCAUCUUCAAGGUGUGGUUGCGUACACCUGAGAGAUGGCCUCUUCAAUGCUGGCUGAUGUCAAACGACGUUGGUAGUGUGGAAGACGUUGCUGCACGCUGGUCCAGACAUAGCAGAUGUUGGCCGUGAUGAUGUGGACCCCAUCGACAUGGCUUCGUACUCAGCGUGUCGAGUGUUGAUGAACUUUGCAGGAUUUGCGCAAGACAGACGUACACAUACACGCAUGCAACACCUCAUGGCGUCCAUCUUCAGCACGAGCUCGAAUGCGCCACCCGCACGACAGAUUGGGACCGCGUCCACACGACCACAUGGACUGCAGCCUUCCCUCCAACAUGGCCUCACAUGGUUCAUCUUCUCGAUGGCAACUCAAGUCGGCGCUGUCGCCUCGCGCUGUCGAGUUCAUGUUCGUGUGCCAAGCCCCUCGUUUAGGCAUUGUGGUACUGCCAAGAUUGUUCGUGACGCGCUCGCAAAGGGACAAUCUCAACUCACCGCGCCCCUUCGACAACCGCGACAAAGGUGUGCCAUAGUCGUCGGUGCCAUUGCAAAUUCUCCAAGCCCGCCGCUUCUCCGCCAACUGCUUCUCCGCCCGCCGCCUCUCCGCCCGCCGCUGCUCCAGCCUCAUCGAGCUCAACCGCACGCACAACACCGAACCCGUCCGAUCUCCCCACCUCUCGCGAUGACUCCCCGCUCGACGCGCGCCCGCAAGACAAAGGUCAACUACGACGAUGACCAGGCCAUGCCUGUUGACGACGUGCUGGAUAGGGAAGAUACCGAGAUCUUCGGCUAUUACCGCCUGGAGAGGGUGCUUGCGGAGCGAACGGACCAGGCGGGAAAGAUAUCCUACCAAGUCGAGUUCCAAGACAUCGACCCCAGCACCGGCAGGCGAUACGAGCCUGAGUGGGUAGAGAGGGUAGGAAGCGCCAUCCUCGCUGAUUGGAAGCUCCGCAAAUCCGCACCGCGUUCCGAGAGCCACGGCGAGAGCCAGAACGAGGGCAGGGACAAGACUGAUGACGCGUCUCGCGGGGCCUCGGAGGAGGUACGCGACGACGAGGCGGACCUUGAGAUUGAGUCGAUCUUCGAACAAGAUGGUGCUGCCGCGCGUAAUCAGAGUGAUGCAGUUGUUGCCCCCGCUGCCUCGACCGCCGCCAAGCGCGCAAACAUGAGCCCUGCUGGUCCGCCGACUGCGGCCCAAAUCGUUCUCGGCGAGGAGAUGAGCGACGACGCGGCCGUGCCAGACUCCACAGUCACGUCCCCGCACCAAGAGGUCGCCAAUCCCGCCAGCUCGUCCAAUCGGAAGACAAAGCGAGCGAGGGCCAGAGCAGGAGCCGCGUCUAAGGAGGAGAACACGAGUCGCAAGAAGCCGAAGAGCAAGACCAACAUCGCGAAGGACAAUCGCUCGCAAGGUUCUAGCGACGACGCUACCGUUGCGGCCACGUCAACCACAUCUGACCACAAUACCGUCGCAGCCACUUCAGCUGCAUCAAACCACGCAGCAGAAGCGGGCCCGCCAAACGUGUCGCCUCCGGCUCAGAUCGCAAUCACCGCUGUGCCUGCUCCCAAUAGCAAGGACGCUGCAGCCGACGGACUCGCCGUUGAUGCAAAGGUCGCCGUUGACGUUGCUGGAGAUGCUGGUGUAGAAGCGGGUUCGGAUGCCGUCGCUGAGACUGCUGCUGAGCCUGUCGCUGAGCCCGUCGCCGAGCCAGUCACUGAGCCUGUUGUUGAGCCAAUUGCUGAGCCUGUCGCUGAGUCCGUAGCUGAGCCCGUAGCAGAGCCCGUAGCUGAGCCGGUUGCUGAGCCGGUUGCUGAGCCGGUUGCUGAGCCGGUUGCUGAGCCGGCCCCUGUGAAGUCGCUCUUCGGGCCCUAUUCCCCUGUCGCCGCUGUAAUUUAAGUGCGGCAAUCUGCUCUUCUGACAAUCUUUACAUUCCGGGGGUCUUCCUCCUGCUGUCACAUUUG